AUGCAAGCUGCUUCUACAAACAUUUGUGAAAGAAUGGGUCACUCUCAAGAGCUCAGUGAAUUCAAGCGUGGUACAGUGAUAGGUUGCCACCUGUGCAAUAAGUCCAUCUGUGAAAUUUCCUUGCUACUAAAUAUUCCACGGUCAACUGUUAGUGAUAUUAUAACAAAGUGGAAAUAAAUGGGAACAGCAGAAAUGCAGCCACGAAGUGAGCGGGGUCAGUGUAUGCUGAAGCGCACAGUGCGCAGAAGUCGCCAACUGUCUGCAGAGUCAAUAGCUAAAGUCCUCCAAACUUUGUGUGGCCUUCAGAUUAGCACAACAGUGCACAGAGAGCUUCAUGGAAUGGGUUUCCAUGGC